GGGGCCCCUUACCAGCCCGGCCACCCCCUUGCCUCCCCCCCCGGCCAACUGGGGCCCCUCCUCACCUCCAGCAUCCUCAACAGGGGGCUCGGCUGGCUCUGGCCGGCUGCAGCCCCCAACCAGUGGCAGCGAAGGAGCAGGGCCCACCCGGUUGGUGCGGCCGCACAGGACCCACCACCUCCGGGGGGCAGCUGGCCUGGAGGCUGCAGACUCCCCUGGGGUGGCCAGGGGGGCCACUCGGCUGGACCGCCUAGCCAGGAGGGCUCGGAGCCUGCGCAGCCUAGAAGAGAGCAGGCAGAGCAUGAGAACGAGACCUUUGGGCAGAAAGCUGUAUGAAUUCACUGCCUCGGACGAAAUGCCACGCACUGUGGCUUUUCACCCCUCGCAACAGAUCUUUGCUUGUGGCUUCGAUACCGGCGUGGUGAGGACCAUCAGCUUAGCUGCCUCAAAGCUGCUUGAGGAACACAAGCAACACCACGACUCAAUCACGGGGCUGAUCUUCUCCCCAGACGGCAAUUUCAUGUACAGUUGCUGCGCUCGUGGGACCCUGGCUCUUUAUAAUUGUGCUGUCCAGAAAAGUCACAUCGUCCGAGUUCUGGCUAAUGUGGUGGUACAAGAUGCUGACCACGGGCCCGAUGCCUUGUCGAUCAGCGCCGACGGACAUCUCCUGGCCUUCGUGGGACCUUCUGAGUACAUUGUGACUCUGAUGGAUGCCAGAUCCCUAGAUGAAUGGCCUUAUAGGCAAUCUAGGAAGAAGUGUGAUUGCAAUAUCAGAAGCAAAGAAUUUUGCAACAGAAUGCAAGUUCUCCGUUUGGUUACAAAAGAAAAGCUCCUAGUCCUCAUUUUUAAAGUCUUCAUUUUUUGCAAAUGGUACCCAGCCCUCUGCCUCCCAGCCUGGCAGCCUUUUGCCCUUGGGAUAAAAGCACAAUCGUCUACAUGGGCUUUGGGCUGCAGAAGGAGGUCUUGUUCUACAGCCUGCUGCAGAAACAGGUUGUGGAGAAGGUCCCCCUGCCUUACUUUGCCACGUCGCUGAGUUUGUCUCCUGCUGCCUGCGUCCUGGCUGUUGGCUUCAACGAGCACCUGCUGAGGCUGAUUGACCGCACAGCAAAGACAGAACAGGACUACGCCGGCCAAGACGAUGCCGUCGGCCUCUGCCGCUUCACCCCCUCCGGGAGGCGCCUCUUCACAGCUUCCUAUAACGAGAUCCUGGUG